UAGUAAUUUUUAUUUAGUGGGCAUUGAUUUAAAUUGCUCUGUUAAAUAUGUUUGGAUUGUAGGUUUCAAAGUCUAAGAGCUCCUUUUGUUACAAUUAAAGGAGAGAUGCUAGACAAUUAUCCUUCAUAAUUUUGGAUCUAUAUGUGUUCCUAAACUCUGCAUAACUUUGCUUUUAGAUUAAAUUUGAUUAUCCACUAUUCUUGUGCUUUCUUUGUCUUUGCAUUCGUGAAUGGGUUUUUGAUUGGGUUGACUUGAAUUUCUUUUGUUUAUGUGCAGGUGUGGAUAUUGACAUCAAAUUGCUGACAGUAGUUGGGAACUAUUUGGGAUACCAGUGCAAACUAUGAGCUUCUACUAAGACUGGCCACAGUCAGUCCAUCUCCAACAAUGUCUUUUAAGGGUCUAUCAUUAUAGCGGGUAACAGUUAAAGCGGGAUUGGACCAGAUCAGAUACAAAGAAGCCUGCUCAGCCCACUACUUGGGCUACCAAAAUGCAAGAAAACUGUUGCACGCCACCUGUCUGUUGAAAUGUUUUUCCUGCAACCAACUUUGUCUGGAAUGGAAGAGCAUUCUGUUCUAUUUUGUGUAUCAGUUUAGUGCCUUUAAACUGAUGGGUACUUGUUCGCCUUUGAAGCUUUGUCAGAAUAAUGCGGUUUAGGGGCUUGUUUAGUUUUUGCAGAGGGAAGUUACUGAAAUUUUCCCUUCAAACAAUGAACUUCACACCACUCAUUCAUAAGGGAAAACCUAUCGAGAAACUUCAUGGUUGGAUGUGUUAUUCUAGUUUUUCAACCAAUGGUGACUUAAAAGGGGCCCAUGAGAAGAUGAUGUUGGCAAAGGACUUGGCAUGUCUUGUUGAGGAAUCGUCUCAUCAAGAUGAGAGAAAAGCGAAGAGCAGAAUGGAGCUCAAGAGGUCUCUUGAACUUCGCGUAAAGAAGAGAGUAAAGGAGCAAUAUUUAAAUGGGAACUUUCACAACCUAAUGGCCAAAGUGAUUGCCAAUCCAGCUACACUUCAAGAUGCUUAUAAUUGCAUUAGGCUCAACUCAAAUGUUGACAUAUCAGUGAAGCAUGAUUCUGUUUGUUUUAAGUCCAUGGCUGAGGAGCUCCUUGAGGGGAGUUUUGAUGUCAAAGCAAACACCUUCUCUGUCUCAACAAGAGGUGCAAGCAAAGAAGUCCUUGUCCUUCCAAAUCUGAAGAUGAGAAUUGUUCAAGAAGCUAUCAGAAUAGUUCUAGAAGUUGUUUACAAGCCCCAUUUUUCUAAAAUUUCACAUGGCUGUCGAAGUGGGAGGGAUCACUCCACUGCAUUGAGAUACAUCAGCAAAGAGAUUGCUUCUCCAAGUUGGUGGUUUACAUUAAUUUUAAACAAAAAGGUUGAUUCUAGCAUCCUUGCUAAGCUCAUUUCAAAAUUGCAGGACAAGGUAGAAGACAACCAGUUACUCGCUACUAUCCAGAGCAUGUUUGAUGCACAGGUACUUAAUUUUGAGUUUGGAGGUUUCCCAAAAGGCCAUGGUCUUCCACAAGAGGGAGUGUUAUCCCCAAUAUUAAUGAACAUAUAUCUUCACCUCUUCGAUCAAGAAUUUUACAGAUUGUCCAUGAGAUAUGAAGCUCUUCAUCCAGGCUUUGAUAAGGAUGAAGAUAUGUCAUAUUCCAAGUUGCGCAACUGGUUUAGGAGACAGUUAAAAGAAAAUGAUGUUAAAUACACAGUUAAUGAUGAUUCUAGCCCAAGAGUACAUUGUUGCCGGUUCAUGGAUGAGAUAUUUUUUGCAAUUUCUGGUUCCAAAGAUGUUGCUCUUAGUUUCAAGUCUGAGAUUGUAGAUUUCUUUAAGAAUUCUUUGGAAUUGGAUGUUGAUGAUGAGCAAACAGAAAUUCUACCAUGUAAUGAGUCUAAUGGGAUUCGCUUUUUGGGAGCUUUGGUUAGAAGAAGUGUGCAAGAAGGUCCUGCUACAAGGGCUGUGCACAAGUUAAAGGAAAAAGUGAAGUUGUUUGCUUCACAGAAACAAGAUGCUUGGAAUGCUGGGACUGUUGGAAUUGGGAGGAAAUGGUUGGCUCAUGGUUUAAAGAAGGUUAAGGAGUCAGAAAUCGAGCAUUUAGCUGAUAGUGGCUCUACUUUGAGCAAAAUUUCUUGUUUCCGUAAAGCUGGGAUGGAAACUGAUCAUUGGUACAAGGUCUUAACUAAAAUAUGGAUGCAAGACAUUAAAGCCAAAGCAGCAGAGAAUGAGGAAUCUAUCUUGUCUAAGUGUGUUGUAGAACCAGCCCUUCCUCAAGAACUGAAGGAAUCUUAUUAUGAAUUUUUGAAGCGUGCAAAUGAAUAUGUUUAUUCUGAAACAGCUGCUACCCUUGCUCUUUUACCAAAUUCAAGCUCAAACGCUGGCUCUGUCGCUAUCACUGAAAUUAUUGCUCCAGUCAAUGCCAUAAAGAAGCGUCUCUUACGAUAUGGAUUGACUACCUCAGAAGGUUAUCCUCAUGUGGUUUCACUGCUCGUCUUACAAGAUAACUUCCAAAUUAUUGACUGGUUUUCAGGAAUUGUUUGCCGAUGGCUUAGAUGGUACCGUGAGUGUGACAACUUCAAUGAGAUCAAGCUUAUAAUUUCUACUAUACUAAGGAAAUCGUGCAUUCGUACUCUAGCAGCAAAAUAUAGGAUUCAUGAAAGUGAAAUAGAGAAACAAUUUGAUUCAGAACUAUGCAGAAUCCCCUCGACAGAAGAGGUGGAGCAAGAGUUGACAUAUGAGACAUCGGAUUCUCACUCUUUUGAUAGUGAUGAGGCCUUGAUGUACGGAAUUUCUUAUAGUGGUUUGUGUCUGCUAUCUCUGGCAAGAAUGGUGAGCCAGUCAAGGCCUUGCAAUUGCUUUGUUAUGGGGUGCUCAAUGGCAGCACCGAGUGUUUAUACUCUGCAUGCUAUGGAAAGACAGAAAUUUCCAGGUUGGAAGACAGGGUUCUCAAGUUGUAUUCAUCCAAGCUUGAAUAAAAGGCGAAUCGGAUUGUGUAAGAAGCAUUUAAAGGACUUAUAUCUUGGUCAUAUAUCACUUCAAUCCAUUAAUUUUGGUGCAUGGAAGUAAUGUCUUUCAACAAAUUUGAAGUGUCAUUUAAACAGCAGAAAUACUGAACUCCUGACCAUGUAUUUGCUGUGGACUCUACAGAGUAUGAAAGCUAUUGUGAACAUUCUAAUUAAGCUAAUGAUGUUAUAGGCUGGUCAAUUUUGAGGUAUGUGCGUGAGAACAUAUAAACUUUAUUCCAUUUGUUCGGCUAAUUACAUGAAGAAAAUGUGGAUAUCUUUCUAAGU